AUGGGUGCUGAGGUACCACCUUCAUCAGCCGAGGUCCCGGCCUCUGUAGGUACUGGGGUGUUUGUUCCACCAGUUAAAGUCCCUUCUCCUACAGCUUCUUCUAUUCCAGCCAUUGUUUCCAACCUCCUCGAUCUUCCUGAGUUGCCUGGAGCUCCUGCUACUCCUUCGUCUACUGCUAUUUCUGAGGUUCUCGAUCUUCCAGGGCCCCCUAAAAUUUCUAUUGAUCUUCCUCCAUCUGUUGCCUCAGAGCUUCUCGAGCUGCCUGGAGUGAUUCUAGAUCUAAUUGCCGAGUCAGAGGAUAAGGUUGUUGCUACUUCUUCGAGGAAACACGGAAGGGGUAGUGCAUCGUCGCAAUUAUCAGGCUCUUUUUUUGGUGAGAUUGAUUUUACAACCACGGAGCUAAAUCUUGCUUUUGAGAAUUCGAACCUCAAGGACCAGCUUUCUGAAAUGAAGAGGGAAUGGAACGAGCUGAAGGUAGAGAAUGCUUGGCUGCGGUCUACAAAUGCUCAACAUGAGGAGGAAGUAUCAAAGCUCAAGAGGGGGUCUGGGGGUGCUUAG